AUGAUUUAUUACAAGGACAAUUUGCCAAUCCAGAAAACAUCGCUUUUUUACAGACAAGUGAUCAUGGUAUAUCAGAUUAUGAUAUUCAUAACUUAAGAACUGAUUAUAUAAAUAAACCAAAUAAUUUUCUUAUAAAUACACAAUUUGGUUGUUAUAAUUCAUUAAUGAUUAUGAAUUCCGAAACUGGUUCUUUUUUAAAUGGCGUUUACAAAAAUGAUAACAACGUGGAAAAUAAAGAAAAAAAAUUUAAAACUAGCAAAGUAUCUAACAUACAAACAAAUGGCAAUGAAAUUACUUUGAAAUCUAAAAUAAAAAGAAACACUAAUAAAACAAUUCUAAAAAAUCAAUUUACAGCUAAUGAGCGUAAACUCUUUGACUGGUAUAAAAUCAAUAUAUAUUUUAUAAGAAAAUUUUGUAAACCGAUCAUUAAAAAAAAAUACCACGAUUAA